UAAUUUCUUCCCCCACUUUUCAAAUUCAAACUCAAAAACGCUCCUCAGCGCACACACACACAUACACACACUGAAAUCAUUUUUAUCAAUUCGACACAAAUAAUUAUGAAAUCAUCAAACUCGGAGAUCUCAAGACACAGAUCGUCAUCCUCAUCUGGAAAUCUUUCGAUUUCAUCUCUUCGAAAACUACUUCCUAAAUCUGGAUCUAAUAAACAUAAGAUGAGUCCAAACCCUAAGCUAUCUAGAUUCAACUCUGAAAACGUUUCACCUAACGUUCAGCUCGACGAACAGCCUUCCGUUGUGAAGGAACCGAUCUCGGUUUCUGAAACUAAUCAAAUUCAAGACGUUGCUUUCCCUGCAGAUCCACAUGUUAAGGUUAUAGCAAGGAUUAGACCUCCUAAUUCUCAUGAGAGGGGGGAUUAUACAGUCAGGAAACUUUCUGAGGAUUCGGUAUCCGUUGGGGAUCGGAAGUUUACUUUGGAUGCAGUUCUCGAUUCGAAGUCUACUCAGGAGGAUGCAUUUCAAGCGAUCGGUGUAUCCAUGGUAAAGAGUGCGAUGGCGGGUUUCAACACAUCGAUCUUAACUUACGGCCAGACUGGAAGUGGGAAAACUUACACAUUGUGGGGUCCACCAAGCGCAAUGGUUGAAGAUCAAUCAGCCAGUGGUAAUCAAGGGAUCGUUCCCCGCAUCUUCCAGAUGCUGUUUUCUGAAAUUCAACGAGUACAAGACCAAGCAGAAGGGAAACAAAUUAAUUAUCAGUGUCGUUGUUCUUUUCUCGAGAUAUACAAUGAGCAAAUUGGUGAUUUGCUGGAUCCAACACAGAGAAAUCUAGAGAUAAAAGAUGAUGCUAAACAUGGGUUUUAUGUUGAAAAUCUGAGUGAGGAAUACGUGACCGGCUACGAGGAUGUUACUCAAAUUUUGAUCAAGGGACUCUCCAAUAAAAAGGUUGGAGCAACAAGCAUAAACUCUAAAAGUUCAAGAUCUCAUAUUGUGUUUACAUGCGUCAUAGAGUCUUGGUGCAAGGGUACCGCUUCAAAGCAUUUUGGUAGUUCCAAAACAAGCAGGAUUACCCUUGUGGAUCUAGCUGGACUCGAGAAGAACAAAGCCAAUGAUGCUGGCAGAGAGUGUGUCAGGGAAGGAGAGUUUGUGAGAAAGUCCAUAUCACAACUUGGAAACUUGGUUAACUUGCUUGCUGGGACAAACCAGACUGAACAAGCUAAGGACAUCCCCUAUAACAGUUCCUGUCUGACACAUUUGCUGAGAGAAUCACUAGGGGGAAACUCAAAGCUUACUGUUAUAUGUGCCAUCUCCCCAGAUGACAAGUGUUCUGGUGAAACAAUUAGCACACUUAGAUUUGGACACCGGGCAAAACUGAUACACAAUAAUCCAGUCGUAAAUGAAAUAACUGAAGAUGAUGUGAAUGACCUCAGUGAUCAAAUUCGUGUACUGAAGGAAGAGCUGAUAAGAGCAAAAACGGAUGCUAGUUACUCCAUUGGAUCUAACACGAAUUAUAAAAAUGGAAGUGUACGCCAAAGCUUGAAUCUUUUGAGAGUAAGCCUUAAUCGUUCAUUGAUCCUCCCACAAAUAGACACUGAUGUGAAGGAAGAAGUGAAUAUUGAUGAACAUGAUGUUAGAGACUUGCGUCUCCAGCUUGAUAUGUUAGAUACUUCAUGUGAUGAGGAAGUUCAAGAAACCUCUGAAAGCAGAGGCACACGCUUUUUCUCAAUGGGUGGUGACGGUGACUUAGCAAGUGAACAAUAUGCAAGUUGUCAGGAAGAAAGCGAAAAUGAAGUUGAUUCAGAAGAACCUGAAAUCGACCUUAAUAUUCAUAAUACAGUUGCAUCUACAAAUGCUCUUGAUAGUCUUUUCAUCAGUGCAGGCAGGCCUUCUGAUGCAUUCAGUGGUCCUAUACUAUCCGAAUCCCCAAAAGUUGGGAAUGUUAUACAAAAAAGCAUGGUUUUUUCAUCAAGUCAUUUGUCAACCGGUCAGUAUAAUGUGGCGGACAGUUUGAAGUUCAGCUCAAAUGCAUCACAUGAACCAGUAAAAAUUAGUGAUCAAAUCAGAUCCUCCUUACGAUCAAGCAAAUUAUUUGGAGGUCCCACUGAAUCUCUGGCUGCUAGCCUUCAAAGAGGUCUAGAUAUUAUUGACAACCAUCAGCGGAACUCUGUCUUAAAUAAGUCAUUGGUUGCCUUAUCGUUUGAUCACUUGGCCACCAACACAAAGGAUGCAUCUGUUCAAACAUCUACAGAUGGGUCAUCAAAGAGCACAUAUAUCUGUUCUUCUUGCCAGCAAAGAACUUCUAGCGAUGUCCAAGAUAGCUUUAAGACAUGGAUUGUAGGAAAGAAUAUUCCAGAAAACUCAAAUGAAGUUUCUGCAGAAACCAUGAAGAAAAUGAAAGAUCUUGAAAAUCUAUGCACAGAACAAGCAGCAGAGAUUGAGAAGUUGAAUAAUUUGGUAUUGCAAUACAAACAAGAGAAAGAAAGUGAAAGAUCACCACUUGAUGAGCUCAGAAAUGGGAAUGUAUCACGUAACACUGAAGCAAAGCUUCUAAGAUGGAAUGAAGAAGCGGAGCUCAUAAAAGAAAAAUGUGAAAUAAGUCAGGAUUACCAAACCAUGCCUUUUGAUACUACUGAAAAGGAAUCACUUCUCCAAGAAAUCAAAAUGUUAAGAAGCAAACUUCAGUCACCUUCAGAACUCUCCACAAACAAAUCAAUGGAUAGGUUAAGAUCAUCCUCUCUUUUGUCACAAUCCCUCCAACUAAGAAAAAGCGGUGCAUAUCUGAAAGGAAAUGAAAGUGCUGAAGAACUUCAAAAAGAAAGGGAAAGAUGGAUGGAAAUGGAGAGUGAAUGGAUUUGUUUGACUGACGAAUUAAGAGUCGACCUUGAGGCAAACCGCCGCCGUGCUGAAAAGGUGGAGAUGGAGUUAAGAUUGGAGAAGAAAUGUACCGAAGAAUUAGAUGAUGCACUCAUGAGAUCCAUCCAUGGACAUGGUAAAAUGGUGGAGCAUUAUGCUGACUUGCAAGAAAAGUACAAUGAAUUGGCUGAGAAGCAUCGGUUAAUUUUGGAAGGCAUAGCCGAGGUGAAGAGGGCAGCUGCUAAAGCUGGAGCUAAAGGUCAUGGUAAGCGGUUUUCAAAGUCUCUAGCUGCAGAACUUUCGGUUUUGAGAGUUGAGAGAGAAAAAGAAAGAGAGCUGUUGAAAAAGGAGAAUAGAAGUCUUAAAAUUCAACUUAGAGAUACAGCUGAAGCUGUUCAUGCUGCCGGUGAACUUCUUGUUAGGCUGAGAGAAGCAGAGGAAGCUGCUUCUGUUGCACAGGAAAACGUGACUAAUAUCCAGGAAGAAAAUGACAAGUUAAAGAAGCAAGUGGAGAAACAAAAAAGAAAGCACAAGAUGGAAAUGAUUACGAUGAAAGAAUAUCUUGCUGGGAGUCGAUUGCCUGACUCUGCAUUGAGACCUUUGUACAGGGAAGACUCGGAUGUUAAAGCCCAUGACAACGAUGACGAUGAUCAGGCUUGGAGGGCCGAAUUUGGAGCAAUAUACCAAGACCAUUAUUAAGCUCACCGUCGUCUUCAUUAUUGGAAACAAGGCUCUAUUCUCGACUCCAGGAAUGCAUACUUGCAUCAUUCUUGUUGGCUUCUCAUUUGUUGUCUUUUUCAAGAUUAUGAACCAGAUUUAGAUUCAUCAUUGUUUGUUCUUGGCAACCACCAAUAGUGGUUUACAACAGGAGCUUGUUUAUUGUUCUGUUACUUUUAAGCAACAUGUAUUGGAUUAAUCUUCUGUUUUGAUAUACAUUCAUAUUGCGAUGAUGUUUUUAGAUAUGAUCA